AUGAUUUUUUCGGUUAUUUGGAUCAAGGCAGUUGCCUUAAUCAGUGUUCUAAUGAUGAAUAUAUCUAGAGCAGACAUGACAUUGGAUGAAGUGGAGGCCGCUCUGCAGUUUGAAAUUGCAGCAGAUGCAACACCUAUAAGAAUAAAUCCUGAGGGCCCUCUUAACUUCCUUCGGGGAUACAUCUACCAAAAAAUGGAGUAUAUGUACAACAAAAGAUUUUUUGCACCGCAGAUAGAUAUAGACUAUAAUGUAAAGGAAGACCCAAAGGCUGCUAGCCCAUAUGAUAUCUGUGUGUUUGCCAGAAAUGAAAACCAAGAUGCCGCAUACAAAGCACUAACAGACAAUAAAAUGGAUGAAUACGCUGAAAAGUACCAUAAUCAUCUGAUUGAGCUGUUUCCAUCUCCAACUGGUGACAUAACUAUAGAGACACGAGGUAACCAGUCCUUCAUUCAGUUUUUGCGAGCAAAGACAACAGAGAAGCAUGCAUUACAGAUUCUGGCUAUGCUGCUUCUUUUUUCUGAGGGAGUGAAUAUUCCCAUUAAAGUCAGUAACACUGUACUGAAGGUCUAUGAACCAAGCAAAAAAGAUGAAAUAUACUUCGAAGUGCCCAUGGAAAUUCCAUGGCUAAACCCUGUGGAAGACAAAGUACAAACAUUCCAACAGAAGAAAGUUAAGCAAAUGAUCAUUUUCUUCCAGAAGAAUGCAACCAAUCAUGAAGUACUUAGCAUGAUGGUAGACAAGUGCUCACUGGAUGAGUUUUCUACAGGAAAGUUUCUGGACAGUCCUAAGUUUCUGAUCCAAUCGUACAUAUUUGGGUUUAUAGACACUGCACAGCGGGCAAAAGAGUUUAUUCAGACAGUGCACGAAAUGACAGAGAAAUAUGCUCCACACACAGAAUCACCAAGUAAAGGUGGCUGUGUGUAUGACAGACUGUUUAAGCCUACCAGUACAGAAACAGACACAGUUUCUAUGGCCUUAAUGAAAGAAACUCAAGAGAUUUUAAAUAAGUAUCGAGUCUUCCCAUUUAUAGACAGUACACAGAUCCCUGCAUACACAUCUGUUCCUAUGCGCGACCCAAAAACAAAAGCAUUCUCUACUGAAAAUUUAGAGAAGUACAGCAACUGUGUAGAGUGCAUGAUUCUUUCUCUCUUUUGCUGCCUUGCCUAUGACCCAUCUGACUUCACAUAUAAAACUGAUCAUAUGGGGAAUGUCUCUGAAAGUCUGAAAGAAUUCUUCGCUCCCGAAGAGAACAAGUCAUUCGACACAACAAAGGCAGAGUUCCAGAUAAGGUGGUGCAAUGUUGUUGCGUGCUUAGACGAGCCUAGAAUUGCAUACUGCAGGGAUAGAAACGAGCUAGACUGCGGUCUUAUAAACAUGCUCUUGGUUAUUGCUGAAAUAGUAAAUAUUUCUAAAGAAGAAAAGAAAAAGAUACUUGGCUUUGCACAGAGUUUAAAGGAAAAAGAGGGAGAGCUGGACAAUGAAUUAUGUGAUGACAUUAAAGAGUACGCCGAAGAACUGCUUAAACGUCUAUCCAAGACAAGUAAUAUAGAGAUAGAAUUUGCUGACCUUUCAAUUGAUGAAUAUCAUAAUGGGAGAUAUGACAUAUCUGGCUGCAUCACUAUCAUAUUUGAGCAUAACAAUAUUAAGAACACGAUAGUCUUGGAUAUAUCUGAAAAUCAUAGCAGUAUUGGCAUGAGUCCCGCUGUUAUGAUGUUCAAGGAUGAUCGAAUGGAGAAAAUGAAUGAAAUAGCUGACAAAUCUAAAAAUGAUACUGCGUUUAUUGAAAAUCUGUUUACUACAUACAUUAACUAUGAAAUAAGAAAUAUUGACACUCGUAACAAUAAUAUAGUGUUGAUUAAAGAACAGGUUCGCAAAGUUGUCCAAAGCAACUUUUCUGAGAUCAAUAGGCUCCUUCUGGUGAAGAAAAUCAAUGACCUUUUGUACAAAAAGGACAUAUUAUCUUGCUCUAUUUUAUACAGCAUGACCCAAAACCUAUCUCCUAACCAUCCCAUUAUCCGUUUUGUCUCUAACAUACUAGGAAGCACCGAGCUAAAAAACCCGUCCACACAGAUAAUUCUAUUCCCUGCAAUUGUGUAUGCAGGGCUCGAAUCUAAAAAAAACAAUCCAGGCUGCUUCCCUAGAAUGCAGCUAGGCCAGCCGAGAUAUAUUUUUUUUACAUACCAUACAAACCUUGAAUACUACCUUGACUUCAUUCUAGAUGCUGAUAUGGAUGUUUUCAUUGCAUGGAUCGGCUAUUUUAUGGACUAUUUCGACAGAUCACUCGAAUCCAGUCAUCCAUUACUAAUGAGCGCAUUGAACAGAAGUAUUUUCCAAUACAUAUUUAAAAAUAGGGAUAUGAAGCUUUCAAAUGAAAUUGAUAUGCUUAUAAUAAAAAGGUGUGCUUCUAAGGCAGAUCGGAUAAUAUCCCAUCUGCACUUUAUAUGGCUGGUGUACCUCUGUGCAGAAGAGAAUCCAGAUGCAGCCCUUAUUAGGAGAAACCUAUGCAUGAUUGAUGAGUCUGAAUACAUCACACACGAAUGUUCAUGGUUUGUUAAUACAAAUGGUAUAUAUAACCGGGUUAUGCAAACGCUCAACAAUCUGAAGGACCAGAUAUGUAGAAGUGAAGAUGAUAUUGAAAAGUUUAACAAAGUUGUAAGCAUUCUUUAA